AAUCCACGCCAUGAGAAACAUCUAUGAAGAGCCGGAUUGUCAGGCCGUACUCAUGGUGGAUGCUACAAAUGCCUUCAACAACAUCAACCGGAAGGCAACAAUCCACAAUAUAGAGGUCAAAUGCCCAAGCCUCGCACAAUACAUUAAGAACACCUACAACAACCCAGCAGAGCUCCACAUAGUCGACAAUAGAACAAAUACCUAUGAAAUGAUAGCUUCAGCCGAGGGCACAACACAAGGUGACCCAGUUACCAUGGCGAUGUACGCCAUCGGUCUCCUCAGGCUACAAACAAUAAUUGACCACACAACAACAAAUAUAAAGCAAGUUGCCUAUGCCGACGACCUGACCGGAGCAGGGAAAAUUGAGAACAUAAGGAAGUGGUGGAAUCUCAUUGAGACACAUGGCCCUCCACAAGGAUAUUUUCCGAACGCCGCCAAAUCGGUUUUAAUUGUAAAACCGGAAUAUCUCGGACAAGCCAGAGAAGCCUUCCGAGAAACAAACGUGAUUAUAAAGGCCGGCGGUGAAAAACACCUUGGGGCAGUUCUUGGCACAACAGCAGCCAGGGAAGAAUAUAUAACAAGGAAAGUGGAUGAAUGGAGAAGGGAAGUGAUAGAGCUGGCAGAAAUCGCAAAGAAGGAACCGCACUCAGCAUAUACCGCCUUCACCUUCGGUAUCAAACACAAGUGGAACUUCUUAAUGCGAACUAUACCUAACAUCGAGCCUUUACUUUCACCACUUGAGGAAGCAAUUGUAAAGCACUUGAUCCCAGCACUAUCAGGUGGAAGAAAUCCCACUGCCAACGAGAGAGCCAUACUCGAACUUCCGCCAAGGCUUGGGGGACUCGGCAUAACAAACCCGUGUAAAAUAGCGGACAUGGAGUUCCAAAACUCUGUCAAGCUCUCAGCCAGCCUGACUCAAGCCAUAAUAACGCAAGAAACAUAUACACAGCCUGAUACAAUACAACAAAAAACAAUCAAAAUGGAAAUUACAAAAAAUAGAGAAACAAAGCAGAGGGCACAACUUCAAGAACUAACCUCUAUAAUUACUGAGGAUAUGAAAAGAAGAAUGAGUAUGGCACGCGAAACCGGCGCCUCUAACUGGUUGACCAGUCUCCCCAUCAAAGUCAAAGGGUUUAGUUUAAACAAACAGGAGUUUGUGGACGCACUUGCCCUGAGAUAUGGUUGGCCAAUAGAGGACCUGCACCAGCACUGCACAUGCGGUUCGGCUUUCGACCCCAACCAUGCCAUGACGUGCAAGACGGGAGGCUUCGUUUGCAUGCGCCACGACGAGGUGAGGGACGUGACUGCACAAAUGCUUGGCGAGGUGUGCCGCGACGUGAGGAUCGAACCUCCCCUCAUCCCCACAGAAGGGCGCAACUUCUGACUCCAAUCCGCCAACACUGCAGACGACGCCAGAUUAGACAUCAGUGCCAACAGUUUCUGGAUACGAGGGCAACGGGCCUUCUUCGACAUACGAAUCUUCAACCCUAUGGCCACGAGCAACCGAUCCCAGGAACUCCUCUCUGCUCACACUAAGCAUGAGAACAACAAAAUGAGGGAGUAUGGCGAACGCGUCCGAGAAGUCGAGCAAGAGAAAAGGCAGCAACAGAAGAGCGCCGUCGUUGCAUGGAUGAGGUGUCGAUUGGCCUUCUCACUACUACGGUCUUCACUGCUCUGUCUACGAGGAACAAGGAACAAACCGGCAAUGUACGCUAGUCUCAAGGAUUUAGAUAUAGAGGAAACUGUUGUAAAUAGUAGAAUAGAGAGAAAUAUAUAAUUGUAAACAAAAGUAAUAAAGGUUAAAAUAAAUCUCCCUAAAAUAAGUUGGAUGUCGACCACAGCCACUGGCGAGGACGGGGCCAGUGGACUGUUCUGUGAAAUAUUAUUGCAUAUAUAUUUCACAACACAGAGACUCGUUUGAAACGAAUAGGAGGUCGAG